CUACUUUUAACAAUUUCUCAAAAUUUAUCUUCUGUAAUUUCAAUGACUUUAUAUGAUUCAUCUUCAAUGGCUUCGCAUUAUUCAUCUGAAGCUAAAAGAAAAACUAAAAAUAAACAUGUUCAAAACAUCCUAGAGGAAGACCACUGGAUCCUCCGUAGGCAUCUAAAUGAACUUGAGAUGCAUCUUGCAAAAGAAUAUGAAGGUGAAAGCCUUGAUGAUGAAAUAAGAAGCAAAUAUCUUGAAAUUGCAAUUCAAAGACAACUAUCAAAUAAAAAAACUAAGCUAUCAUAUAAUGUGAAAAACAAAACUGAAGAUGAAUUAGUAGCAUUGAUUCAAAGGUCUUAUUUGUUUGAUGCUGAGGAUGAAAAUAAUAUAAGCGAAGACUAUGAAGAUGAAAAUAAUGGAGAAUCAGAUGAUGAUUUAAAGAUUUCUAAUCAUCAAAUAGUAGUUCUUGUUAUUAAUAACAUUGUAGAUUUGCAUCAUCAAGCAUUUAAUCAAGUAGAGGAUUUGUAUGUCUCUAAUGAAGACAAUGUCAAUUCUGAUGUCGCUAUGAAUAAAGAUCAUAAAUUUAAUUUAGAAGAAUUAGUUCAAGAUCUUGAAUAA